AUGGUAGAACCUGUCGGUUUUGUGGAAGCUUGGAAAGCUCAGUUCCCUGACUCAGACCCUCCUGAGAUGUCUUUAAACUCUGUCGGAGACAUCGAGCUAGAACUGGAGAAAUGCCGAAACUCCAUUAGGCGACUGGAGAUGGAAGUAAACAAGGAGCGAUUUCGAAUGAUCUACCUGCAAACACUUUUGGCCAAGGAGCGAAGAAGCCACGACUCUCAGCGAUGGGGAUUCAAUAGGGUCUCACAAAGUGAGCGAAAGCCAGCAUCUAUGGAUGGCCAUCAUCAAAAACCAGAUGGAAGCAGGUGUCUCCCAGCCAAACUGAAGCAUUCGACAGCAGUAGAGGAGAGUCGUGAGCCUCAGCAAUGUGUUGAGGUGGUGGGAGGUGAUAUUUCAGACUUAGACAAACAGAAAAACAGAGACGGAGAGAUUGAUGGGAUGUCUCCAUACAAAAAGAGGAGUGUUGAAACAUCCCCCAGAGCCAUCACUGGACGUGGACCUGUGUCCCAAGAUGCGGAUGGUAUUUCAGAGUCUCCACCGAAGGUCACCUCUGGGUUGGGAGUUGCAGCACUUCGCUCCAACUUUGAACGUAUAAGAAGAGCCAAUUCUCAGUCAUCUGGCGAAGGAAAAAGUGAAAGGCCUUACUACGUCAACAUGGAGUACCACCAUGAGAAGGGUCUUGUUCGGGUCAACGAUAGAGACGUCUCAGAGAAGAUAAGUAGUUUGGGCAGUCAGGCUAUGCAAAUGGAGCGCAAGAGGUCUUUGCAUUCUGUCCCUGGAAAUUUGUCCACCGCUUUUGGAGACAUGCGAAAGCCAGAGCGAUCUCACGAAAGAGCCAUAGACAGUGGCUGCAACUGUGAUUACGAGGACUCUGAUUUGAACCCUGGGUUCCUCAAGGACAGUUCGGUAAGACUUAAUGGAAGAAGAGCACCUCAGCAGAACUGGCAGCAGUCUGACUGUCAGCCCUACACGACUGUUUACGUUGGAGGCAUAAUGGGAGACGGGGAGGACCUGCACUUGACGUGGCCCAGGCGCUCUUACUCACCUGGGAGUUUCGAGGAUGGAUACACGCCAGAUUGCAGCUCCAAUGAAAACCUGACAUCAAGUGAAGAAGACUUCUCCUCAGGACAGUCCAGCCACGUGUCUCCAAGCCCCACCGCCUACCGAAUGUACAGAGAGAAGAGCCGCUCUCCAUCCCAGCACUCCCAGCAGUCGUUCGAGAGUGGCAGCCCUCCCACACCACAGUCCCAAAAGCGUCUCAAGCAGCAGUUAGCACUCUCUGAAGCCAAUAGCGGUGUCCGCAAGAUCUGGCCCAGUGAGGGAAGCUCUAACAACUUCAGCAACAGUUUCCAUGGAGAUCUGGACAUCCCGUUUAGUGGGACUCCACCUCCAGCUUAUGUUUACGAUGGCGAUCGCGGGGAUGACCAGCGUUUGCAGUCUGACAUUGUGUCCUACUCUGACGACCCUCUGUUCUCUCCUCGUCUUCACCCGAAGGGCCGAAGCAUUAGAGAGACUCCUUCAUCGGGGUCCCCAGAGUCUACUAAAUCAUCGGAACUAGAUGCGGAAAAAGGCCUGGAGAUGAGGAAAUGGGUGUUAUCUGGGAUCCUGGCCAGUGAAGAGGCCUAUCUCAGCCACUUGGAGGCGCUCUUACCCAUGAAGCCCCUGAAAGCUGCUGCCACCACCUCUCAGCCCAUGCUAACCCUCCAGCAGAUAGAAACCAUUUUCUUCAAUGUGCCUGAGCUCCAUGAGAUACACAAAGACUUUUAUGAUGGUCUGUUACCCAGAGUGCAACAGUGGAGCAACCGCCAAUGUGUGGGCGACCUCUUUCAGAAACUGGCCAGCCAGCUUGGCGUGUACAGAGCUUUUGUGGACAACUAUAAGAUUGCAGUGGAAACGGCUGAAAAGUGUUGCCAAGCCAAUUCUCAGUUUGCUGAGAUUUCAGAGAAUCUGAAAGUCAAGAGCGCCAAAGACCAGAAUGCCAAGCACUCUCUGGAAACGCUGCUGUAUAAACCAGUGGAUCGGGUCACUCGCAGCACACUCGUCCUCCAUGACCUCCUGAAGCACACCCCAUCCAGUCAUCCAGAUUACCCUCUGCUGCAGGACGCCCUCCGCAUUUCCCAGAACUUUCUCUCCAGCAUUAAUGAAGAGAUCACACCCCGCCGUCAGUCCAUGACAGUGAAGAAAGGAGAGAAUCGACAGCUUCUUCGAGACCAGUUUAUGGUGGAGUUAGUAGAAGGUGCACGAAAACUGCGACACGUCUUCCUCUUUACCGACAUUCUGCUCUGCGCUAAAUUGAAGAAACAAACUGGAGGGAAGGGGCAGCAGUAUGACUGUAAGUGGUAUAUCCCGCUAGCGGACGUCACCUUCCAGACCAUCGAUGAGUCUGAGUCCUCGCCUAUUCCACAGAUACCAGAAGAGGAGAUUGAUGCUUUGAAGGUCAAGAUUUCUCAGAUCAAAAACGAGAUCCAGCGGGAAAAGAGAGUGUGUAAAGGAGGAAAAGUGCUGGAUCGCCUCAGGAAGAAACUGUGCGAACAGGAAUCGCUGCUUCUCCUUAUGUCUCCCUGCAUGGCCUUCAGAGUCAGUAACAGGAACGGCAAGGGUUAUACAUUCCUGAUUUCAUCUGACUAUGAACGAGAAGAAUGGAGAGAAGUCAUUCGGGAGCAGCAGAAAAAAUGUUUCAAGAGUUUUUCUUUGACUUCUCUGGAGUUGCAGAUGCUCACAAACUCUUGCGUGAAGCUACAGACAGUUCACAGCAUUCCUCUGACAGUCAAUAAAGAUGACGAUGAAUCCACGGGGCUUUGCGGCUUUCUGAAUGUGAUUGUUCAUUCUGCAACAGGACUGAAACAGAGCUUGAAUCUGUACUGUACAUUGGAGGUGGACUCGUUUGGCUACUUUGUGAACAAGGCAAAGACUCGUGUUUACAGAGACACUACAGAGCCAAACUGGAACGAGGAGUUUGAGAUCGAGCUAGAGGGCUCGCAGACCCUCAGACUGCUGUGUUAUAGUAAAAUCAAACAGUGCAGGGAUGAUGGCGAAAACAUGGAUCGCGUCAUGGCCAAGGGGCAGAUUCAGCUGGAUCCGCAGUCGCUGCAGGGUAAAGACUGGCAGAGGACAGUAAUCAGCAUGAAUGGGAUUGAGGUCAAGCUGUCUAUGCGAUUUACCAGCAGAGAGUUCAGUCUGAAGCGGAUGCCCUCCAGAAAACAGUCUGGAGUGUUUGGAGUCAAAAUCGGGGCCGUCACUAAACGCGAACACUCCAAAGUGCCUCUGAUUGUGAGACAGUGUGUGGAGGAGAUCGAGCGCAGAGGGAUGGAGGAAGUGGGCAUCUAUCGGGUCUCUGGUGUGGCCACAGACAUCCAGGCCCUGAAAGCUGCAUUUGAUGCCAACAACAAAGAUGUUUCAGUUAUUAUGAGUGAGAUGGACGUGAAUGCCAUUGCUGGAACACUGAAGCUUUAUUUCAGGGAGCUUCCCGAGCCCCUCUUCACUGAUGAACUCUACAUUAACUUCACUGAAGGCAUCGCUUUGUCAGACAGCGUGGCAAAGGAAAGCUGCAUGCUCAACUUGUUGCUCUCCCUUCCUGAACCCAACCUGCUGACCUUCCUGUUUCUGCUGGACCAUCUGAAGAGGGUGGCUGAGAACGAGAUUGUCAACAAGAUGUCCUUCCACAAUCUGGCUACAGUGUUCGGCCCGACCCUUCUCCGCCCCUCUGAGAAGGACAGUAAAAUACCAAGCAAUCCCACGCAGCCCAUCUCUAUGAGUGACAGCUGGUCUCUUGAGGUUAUGUCUCAGGUCCAGGUAUUACUGUACUUCCUUCAGCUGGAGGCCAUCCCAACUCCGGAUAGUAAACGUCAGAGUAUGCUGUUCUCCACAGAAGUAUAA